AUGUCAGACACGACUACCAGUACCGAAGAAAUCGGCAUCAACCAGCAGCCCAACCUGUCAAACAUUACCGCAACCACCGGCGAGCCCGACAACCCGCUCUUCACCGCCACAGAGAACCACGACAAUCGCAUCCUGUCCGGCGAGAUCACCGAAACCGACGUCACGAACGAAGAAGUCCACGAUGAUGAGAGCGCUGUCCGCCUACAAGUCCCAAAGCUCGCCCCACUCACUUUAGAUGAUUUGAAGCGUGAGGUGGCCAGUUUCGUCGAGCGCGCGAUGAAGAGGGAGAGGGAGCUGGGCUGGAACCGCACGCUCAAGGAGGUUGUUAUUGUCUUCGAGUAG